GCUCACUCUCCUCCAUUGAAACGAUAUGCCAUGUAUUUGCUUCAAUACAAGUUUUGUUAUGGUACAUUGUGGUAGUCGGCGCCGUAUAUAUUGAUACACAUUGCUUUUCAACCGAACAAAAAAAAAACUAAAGCAGGCAUCUCUCUCUCUCCGUCUCACGUCAAACUAAUUUCAAAUCUAAAAUUCCAUUUGCACCAUAAUUCAUUCGGUGUUUUGGAUUUUAUUUUAAUGAAAAUUCGGACAGAUAUUCGGUUUGAUCGAAUUGGUCGAUGAAACAUUUCUCCAUUGUCGAGUGAUUGUGUGUGACAUUUCGUUCAUUGUCCGUAGCGCCGCAGUGAAUUUUUGUGGAAAUUUCUUGUGUGUUUUAUUCAAGAGUGUGCGAAUCGUUCAAUCUGCAUAGAGGAAAUUAUUUCUUUUGUGAUACAUUUAGCAAAGUACUACAUUAAGCCAAACAGGAGUUUGUUUUGUUAGCUCUUGCUGCUAAUCCAAAUCGAUAUGACAUCGGAUGUUGCACAAGAUUUCGAUCAGGAUAAUUCGACAAAGCUAAAAAACGACUUUAUUUGUGGUGUUAUUGAGGGAUUCUACGGUAGACCAUGGACAACAGAACAACGCAAAGAUUUGUUUCGGAAGUUGAAACGAUGGGGAAUGGAUUCAUACGUUUAUGCACCAAAAGAUGACUACAAACAUCGUGCGUAUUGGAGAGAAAUGUAUACCGUUGAAGAAGCCGACCAUUUGACGGGUUUGAUAACCGCAGCUAAAGAGCAUGGAAUCGUUUUCUAUUAUGCACUUUCACCGGGAUUAGACAUGACAUACAGUAAUCCGAAAGAGGUAUCCACGCUCAAACGAAAAUUGGAUCAAGUGUCACAGUUUGGUUGCGACGCAUUCGCUUUGCUCUUCGACGAUAUCGAACCGGAAAUGAGCAAAGCCGAUAAAGAAGUAUUUCAAUCGUUUGGACAGGCUCAGGUGUCGGUCACAAAUGAAGUGUACAAUCAUUUGAAUUGCUCACGCUUUUUAUUCUGUCCAACGCAAUACUGUAGCACACGAGCACAGCCAUCGGUAACCAAUUCCGAAUACUUGAACACAAUCGGCAGCAAAUUGGUGCAGGAGAUUGAUAUACUGUGGACGGGACCGAAGGUUAUUUCAAAAGAUUUAACCGUCGAAUCGAUUCAAGAAGUGACUGAAGUGAUGCGUCGCCCACCAGUCAUUUGGGAUAAUUUGCAUGCCAACGAUUACGAUCAGAAACGUGUAUUUCUCGGCCCAUACGCUGGCCGAUCACCCGAACUAAUUCCAAUGCUACGCGGCGUACUCACGAAUCCAAACUGUGAAUUUCAUGCCAAUCAAAUCGCCAUCCACACACUGGCACACUGGUCGAAAUGUAGUUCGGACACCAGGGUCAAUAACUCAAUUUCGGCGGAUAUCAAACUGGAAACUGAAAAUGAGGAAGGUAUUUGCAGUGAAGAUGCACCAACGUGUCUGUCAGAUGAUGUGUACCAUCCGAGAGUUGCGCUGAAAAAUGCAAUAAACGAAUGGCUUCCCGAAUUCUAUGUCAUCAAGGAUGCAUUUGGACCAAUAACAAAACCACAUCCGAUCCAAACAAUGGUGAUACCUGUGAUUCCGAUUUUACCGUCAAUUAAUACAUGCAUGAGUUUAACGACAACAACAAACACCGUCUCCAAUACAAGCGCCAUUAAAGUGCCUGAGGUGAAUACGACUCAAUUGCAAGCGCUGGCCGAAGUCUGUAGCACGGUGACAGGGGCUGAAACGUUGUCAGUGCCAAAUGUAGUGAUGAAUUCAUUGGUAUCAGCCACAAAAGUGAUAACCAACGAUGUAAUACCGAAUCCAAUUGUUGCAACGCUCAAUCCAAUUUCAUUGCCGUCGAUUCCAUUGCCCGUCGGCAGCAUCGGUGUUCCAAUUAUGAACUUGAAAAACGUAAACGAGAAUAAAUCCAAUGUCAAACCGGACAAUGAUAUCGAGGCCGAAGCAUUCGAAACGGAGGAUGAAAAAUUUUCGGAUACGAAAAAAUCGGAUGAAUCGAUGCCAGUUGAAGACGAUACAAUCAUUGAAAUGGCACAUAAAAUCGAAGAAAACAUCAGUGAGACCGAUGUUGAAGUGUCCGAAGUGCCCGAACCCAUUGAAAUUGCAUCGGUGAUUGUUAAUUCGGAUGUUUCAUUUGAGCAACCGAUUCUCGAUAAAAGUGAUGACCUCAACACAACCGGUGAUCAUUUAAACUCCACCGAACCAAUGGAAUGUGCUAGCGUCAAUUCAAUGGCAUCGCCAAAACAUACGAUGGUGAUCAAUGAUGUGAUUAUGGCAGAAAGCAUUUCGACCUCGUCCACGGGCAGCAUGCAAGUCGAAAGCUCAGACACAUCGCUCACUUCAAACACGGAUAUGCAUGACAUCGUGGACAAAUCUUAUGACAAAGACAUAACUGUGGAUGAUUUGUUCUUGCUCUGUGACCUAUUCUAUUUGCCCUUCGAACACGGCUCACGCUCACUGCAAAUCAUUAACGAAUUCUAUUGGUUGAAAACAAAUGCAAGCGUUCUCGUUAGCUCAUACAAAAAAGGUCAAGAUAUUUCAAGUGCAAAACCCGAGGUCCAAGAGUGGUUUCAACGAGCCGAUAAAUUCUAUAAUUUGUGUCAAUCGGUGAUGGGAUUGGCAAAGAAGAUUGCAUCAUGCGCCAACAAAGAGCUAUGCUAUGAUUUGUAUUCUUAUGUAUGGGAUAUGGCUGGUGUAAUCACGCUAUUGUGUGCAUUUAUCAAAUGGCUUGCAUUAGGAUAUUUCCCAGCCAAUAUUAAUUCGUACACCCAGGGCAAUUAUACAUGGUUCAGCAAGGGAUGGCGAGAGACAUUUUCUUCGGGAGAUCAAGAGCCGUGGGUGUUUCGUGGUGGUUUAACGGCUGAUUUACAAAGACUCAUACCCAUCGAUUCGGGCAAUGAUUUAUUCAUUUACAAAUUGCCCGAUUCGCCCACCACAAAUUUCUUCACCAUUCGACCGUAUUCGCACAUGGAUGAAGUUCAAAUCUAUGACAUUUGUCAUAAGACUUGCCGUGAUGGAUCAGAUUGUACCGAGCUAUUUUCUGAAAAUCUUCAAUCAAUACCGGCUGAUCGUCUGAUCGGUCCAUUUGUCACUAUAAACCCGGAACUCUGUUUGGUUUUGCAAAAUUCGGAGAAUCAUUUGGCUGGAUAUGCAUGUGCCGCACUAAAUGCAAAACAAUUUUAUCAAAACCAAGAAAUGUGUUGGUUUCCCGAAAUGCGACUCAAGUAUCCAUCAGCAUUGUUAGAUUUGCCGGAUUUAACGCCAGCCGCCAAGGAUUCAAUCAAUCAUUUUCACAAUUUCAAAUAUGAUUAUCCACAAGAAGUGCUCAAUACACAUCCAUCCAUAAUGGUAUGUUCGGUAUUGAAAGAACAAUGCAAUGCUGACUCAUCACUGCCAAAGCGAUUGGUCACUGUUCUAUUGGCUGCUCUACGCUCAAACGGAUCGUUUGGUGUGCACGUUUGCAUCAAUACAACCGAUCGUUUUAUGCAUCAAUUCUAUUCGAAGCUCGGAUUUACCGAAAUUUUCGAAGACUCGACCAACGGUCGCGUGUAUUUGGGCCGAAAUUUCUGAAACACAAAUCAUCAUUCAAAUUACACUUUUUUUCUUAGAUUUAGCGAAACAAUAUUCAUUUCUCCUUUGUUUCGUCUGAGUUCAUAAAAAAGCGAAUUAAAGUUGGAUGGUUUUUUUUUAACUUACUUUGAAUCCAAAAAAAAAAACAGAAAUGAUCAGAUAUAACGAGAUGAUAUUAUUAUCUAAACUAAUUCCGUUCGUAAAACAAAGCAUAAAAAAGGUGCCCAUGACUUGUAAGCAGUGUUUCAAAUGACUCAUGGCCAACUGAGAUGUCAAUCAAUGUCAACACAUAUCUAUUCAAUAUUUAAACAUUUCUCUUCAAUUUUUCUGUUUGGCUUGUUGUAUUGGAUCAAGAUCGAGCGAUCGAUCAAUUGAGACAUGAAGAUAAAUGAUGGAACAUUUGCAGGUAAAAAAUAUAAUAAUUUGAUGGCGGGAAAAAUGCAUGUUAUUUUUUUGCGGAUAGCAUACACACAUAAGAAAAAAUAUAUCAAUAAAUUUAUGUGAAUUUAAUGUAUUCAAGCAAUCCCAAAUGAAAAAGAAACAAAGAAAAGCACACAGCACAGACUAAUCCAUUUAAUAUUAUUUUUCUCCUCAAUUUUUAAUUUCAAACAUUAUUUAUGUAAAUUUCAUCAACAAAACAUGAAAUUAAUUUAAAAAAAAAAAUGAACGACAGUAAAGGAGCUAA